CAACACGCUGGCAUUUCACGUAGCCGUGUUGCUUUCAAGUACUAACUAAUGUGUUGUAAAUAGAUUUUCAUUCAACACAGGAAAUGUCCAACAUGGAAAUCCACCUUUUAGUUGAUUAACUUUGUUUUCGAUAAUUACAUAGACAGGAUUUAUAGUUAAUUGUACGCUUAUACAAAGAACAAAAGUAAGAACCGAGACAAGGUGUUUUGGGAAGCCCAUGAAUCACGCGAACGCAACACAGGAAUCUUUCCAGAUGACUCUGCUGCACUUAACCCCAAACAAAGAAGUCUUAAUGCCACUUUGCCUCUAAAAAAAUGGACCCCAGCUGCCUUCCUGUUGAUCAAUCCCCCUCUUGUGCUGAACGCUUGGAUUUGGAUUCCAUCCCUGCUCUUGGAACCUCAGAGAGGGGAGAAAGCGUGACUGCAUCCCCUCCACCAGAAGCAGAGGAUCUAGAUUGUGACAGCAUGAUGGAACCUCCUCCUCUAGACUGGAGGUCAGACUCUUCCAGUGAAGCUGGUUCUCCAGAAGAUCUGGCUGACUCCUCGUUGCCUCCGUCUGCCUGCAGCAGCUUUGGGAUUGAAGGUUUGGGGGAGUCGGGAUACCAGCCUUUGGAUGUAGGACAAAAAGUGACUCAUUUUGACCCUAAAACAGAGUUUUCUCUUGGAAAUACAGCUGGAUCGGUGCAGAACGUAGUAGUAAAGUUAGAAGAGGAGGUGAAGGCUGAAGGGGCUGAGGACCAAGAAGAGAUGACAUCUAGAGAAACUGAAAAGAAAGUGGACAAAGAUGAGAAAGAUGUUCCUAACAGAAGGUCAGAUGAUGAAGACCACAGUCGUAUUCAUACUCUGCUGAGCCAUCUCCAAUUGAGAGAGAAAGAAUCCCACACUUACCAUCAACCACCGGCGUCCCAUCAAAGCUCUCUACAACCAGAGCCUGCAGCAUGCACUUCCUUCAUAACAAGAGAAGACAGCACUGAAAGCAAAGGCCUCCUCUUCUCUGAAAGCCACCACACAGACCUGCUUGGACUCCUGCAGUGCACAGAGAUUAAUGCAGAAUCCCACUCAGUUUACCAGUCGCACGGUGGCGAGGUGGAUGCUGUGGUCUCAGUAUCCUACAGCCAGGAGGAUGCUCAGAGGUUCUGGGGGAUGCAGCAUCAGGAGGACUCCAUCAGCCCUCUGUCGGACUACAACUACCCUGAGCCAGUGUGGAAGAAAAUGGGGGAGGAGCCUCCAGAGGACGAGGUUGAAGCAGAAAGCAAACAGAGUUCGGAUGAUCAUCCCUCAUAUAAAGAUGUACCUGGUCCUUGUGACCCCGAGGACCUCCUGGAUGGAGUUAUAUUUGGUGCUAAGUAUCUGGGCUCCACUCAGAUCAAAUCUGACAGGAACCCCUCGACUAAUGCUCGCAUGUCCCAGGCUCAUGAGGCAGUGGAUAGGAUUAAGGCUCCAGAAGGAGAGUCUCAGCCGAUGACUGAAGUGGAUCUGUUCAUCUCCACUCAAAGAAUUAAAGUCCUGACUGCUGACACUCAGGAAGCCAUGAUGGAUCAUGCUCUGCAGAUGAUCUCUUACAUCGCAGACAUCGGCAAGAUUGUGGUCCUGAUGGCCCGGAGGAAGCAAAAGGGACACGACGAAGACUCCGCCUCCACAGGCUCCUCUGUGUCCCAGAAGAAAUGCACGAUGAUCUGUCACGUCUUCUCCUCAGAGGAUGCACAGAUCAUCGCUCAAGCUAUCGGACAGGCAUUUGGAGUGGCUUAUCAGCAGUUCCUCCAGGCCAGUGGCAUCAAAGCCAGCGAUCUGAGGCCGGGCGAGUACAGCGACUACCUGGAGACUCAGGAGCUGUACAAUGGAGACCUGGCCCACUUUUCUGACUCCCAGAACCUCCGAGAUGUGGUCAUCACUAAGGCUCCAGGAGACAUCUUGGGACUGGCGGUGGUGGAGUCGGGCUGGGGCUCCAUCUUGCCCACUGUGGUGGUGGCCAACCUCCUUCACGGUGGCCCAGCGGAGCGCUGCGGCGAGCUCAGCAUUGGUGACCGGAUCAUGUCUGUUAACGGCACCAGCCUGGUCGGUCUGCCCAUCACCACGUGCCAGAACAUUAUCCGGGACUUGAAAAGCCAAAAGUAUGUGAAGCUCAGUAUUGUUCAUUGCCCCCCAGUUACCAUGGCGAUCAUAAGGAGACCAGAUCCCAAGUUUCAGCUGGGCUUUAGUGUGGAAGACGGCAUUAUCUGCAGUCUAAUGCGGGGGGGUAUUGCAGAAAGAGGAGGAAUCCGCGUUGGACACCGCAUAAUUGAAAUUAAUGGACAGAGCGUUGUUGCAACUCCACAUGAGAAGAUUAUCCAGACACUGACAAACGCUGUUGGGGAGAUUCACUUAAAGACGAUGCCCGCCUCAACGUACCGACUUCUAACAGGACAAGAACAGCCGGUCUUUCUUUGAGCACACAAACUUAAAAAAUAUAUUUUUAAUAAAUUUCAUGACCUUUUUAA